CUCUCCAGCAAACGCUCUCUCUCAUCCGACCAAGGAGAGAGAGAGAGAGAGAGAGAGAGAACUCUAAUGGCGUCGUUGGGGUCGAAGACGUUCGUGAAGGGAGCGAGGACGGAGAUCGGCUUUCAGCCGUCCGAUCUGCGCGGGCUCUCGCCCCCCGCCGUCCAGAUCUCGAUCCGACGGCGCAGAUCCCCCGCUCCUCGAAGGCUAGAAGUACAGGCCAUUGGAAAUGUAUUCGGUAAUUACUUUAAGGUUGCGACUUAUGGAGAGUCCCAUGGGGGAGGUGUUGGCUGUACCAUAAGUGGAUGCCCCCCUAGACUUCCCCUUUCUGAAGCUGAUUUACAGUUUGAACUUGAUAGAAGGAGGCCAGGUCAGAGUAGAAUAACUACACCGAGAAAGGAAACUGAUACAUGUAAAAUUCUAUCAGGAAUCUCUGAAGGAAUGACUACAGGAACACCAAUACAUGUUUUUGUUCCAAAUACGGAUCAAAGAGGACACGAUUACAGUGAGAUGUCGAUGGCAUACCGCCCUUCUCAUGCAGAUGCUACCUAUGACUUCAAAUAUGGCGUCAGAUCAGUACAGGGGGGUGGCAGAUCGUCAGCAAGAGAAACCAUUGGGAGAGUUGCAGCUGGAGCUGUAGCAAAGAAAAUUCUCAAACUGAAAGCGGGGACAGAGAUACUGGCAUAUGUUUCUCAAGUGCACAAAGUUGUACUUCCAGAAGGGGCUGUUGAUAAUGAAACAAUAAGCUUCGACCAGAUAGAGAGCAACAUUGUUAGAUGUCCCGAUCCAGAAUAUGUACAAAAGAUGAUUGAUGCAAUUGAUGCUGUUAGAACGAGAGGGGACUCUGUUGGUGGAGUCGUGACAUGCAUUGCUAGAAAUGUUCCACGAGGGCUUGGCUCUCCAGUUUUUGAUAAACUUGAAGCUGAUUUGGCAAAAGCUGCGCUAUCUCUUCCAGCAACCAAGGGAUUUGAGUUUGGUAGUGGAUUCGCAGGUACUUUCCUGACUGGAAGUGAGCAUAAUGAUGAGUUCUAUACAGAUGAGAAUGGAAACAUUAGAACCAGAACAAACCGAUCGGGCGGUAUACAGGGAGGGAUAUCAAAUGGUGAAACUAUUUAUAUGAGGAUAGCUUUCAAACCUACCUCCACGAUUUCGAAGAAACAGCAAACUGUGACAAGAGAUCGACAGGAAACUGAACUUCUAGCAAGGGGCCGCCAUGAUCCUUGUGUGGUUCCUCGAGCUGUUCCAAUGGUGGAAGCAAUGGUAGCAUUGGUGUUGUUGGAUCAGCUGAUGGCUCACUUAGCUCAAUGCGAGAUGUUCCCUGUGAACCCAGCCCUCCAAGAAUCGGUCAGCUCAGCCAUCGAUGGGUCCGUGUUGACCCCAAAUCUUGCAUGAUAACUUAAUCUGAGAACAAAAUUGCCCUUCUUGAUUCACUUUCUUUUUUUUUGGUCCCUUUUUGGAACAACCAAUAAGAUAACAGCUUGUUCGGCUUGCGUCUGGCUGAUUGUUGUACCAGUAUAUGUAUUCUGUUGAUUCAGCCGACUGUUUUUUAAUCUCUGCUCCUUAGUUAUCUUCUUUGGUUGUAUUUUGUACUCCGGCCAUUGGGUGGCACAAUAUUCUUGUUAUAAUGAAACAUAAGCACCGGAAUAAGUGAUGGUUUAGUUUA